ACAACUUUGAGGGCGAAUAAGUUGUCGCAGAUUUGGAAAGUGGAAGGCCGAGGAAUUUAUGAUAGUGAUUCAUAUUUAUAUGGUUUAGUUGAUGAAUCUGUUAUUGAUGAAGUCAACGACAAGAGCACACGGUAUCGCAUGAAUCCCGUGCUACACAGACUAUCCAUUAAAAAGGCAGAGGAGGGAAUACGUUUUGAGAUCCUUGGAAGUUCUCGACUCAGCAGAAAUCCACGCCAUCGUGUGAUCAUUUGUAGCAGAGACAAUUUCACCUACUCAACGAAUCAUGAUAAAUAUCUUGUUUCUCUAUUCUUCCAUGGAGGUACCAGAUAUUAUAUGGGAAUUGGGUAGCCUUCGCCACGUCUACAUGUCUGAUGUUAUUUCCAAGAAGCCUUUCAAGAUAGAUGUGCUACAGGAGCUGCUGACGUUAACCUCAGUCUCAAUUGAUGAUGAUGAGCUCUUAGGCUUGAAAACGUCUUUUCCGCUGCAGAAAUUGGGUGUACAUGACUUGGAUGGAAACACAGAUGUAAGCAAGCUCUUUGGGUUAUUGUCCAACUUAAAAUAUUUUCGCCACCUAACCUUAAGAGGGCACAGUUUUAGAAGCAUGCCUUGUUUGGAUGAGCUUGGUAUUAUAGAGAAUCUCAGAACAGUCAAAUUGGAUGGACGCCUUGAUAGGUUGCCAAAGAGUUUCCCUCCCCAGAUGUCUUCCUUGACGUUGGCUAAUAGUUGUCUUGAUGAAGAUCCCAUGCCACUACUAGGGAAGCUACGUGGGUUAUACGACCUCAAAUUGCGGAAUGCAUACACAGGUCAACAAAUGGGUAUUCGUGAAUCUGGGUUGGAAGUUCUUAAAGUCUUAUGCAUCGAAAAUUUAUUGAAUCUGAGGAAUCUACAAAUUGGAAAAGGUGCACUACUAUCUCUUAGGAAAUUAGAAAUCCACAAUUGUCCAUAUCUGGACACCCUCCCUGAAGAGGUUCGGUCAAUGCAUCGUCCGAAAUAAGGUUUGUGAAUAUCAAUC